AGCCGCUCCGGCGCGUGCGCGUGUUAUCUCCGGCCGACCGGAGUAGCCGGCUUCCCUACGCUCCAGGCCCCCGCCCACCGCCGCCCCCUCCCAGCCCCCGGCCGACCCGUCCCCUUCCUUUCCUUGCGGAAUGGGGCCGGCGUUGCUCGGGGUCGCGCACCCGGGACCCGGCUCGCGCUCGGUCUCGCGCUGUCAGCGACUGCUUGGCUCGCGCCGCCUCGCGCUCUCCCUCAGUCAGUGGCGCCGAAGGCUCCGUUAAGCAGCGGCGGCGGCGGCGGUUCCUGUUUCCGUUUCUUCCUCUCCCUUCAGUCGGGAAUAGCAUCCUCCACCCAGCCACCCCUCCCACUACCCCAACGCGGGGCAGCUGCGGCUGAGGGCUGUAGCGGCGGCGGCGGCGGCGACUGGGGAACGGCGGAGACCGCCUCUGCUCCCGCCUCGGGUUGCUGCUUUUGCUAAGAGAGCACCCAUGACCCUGAUGGUGUUUCCAUUCACAAUAAAGGGCUCUAUUGCCUUCAUUGAUUAGCUGAUCAAAUUCAGUUGGUAAUUUUAGUGACCCAGAUUCAAGCAGUAAUAUCUUCCAUUGGAAAUAUGUGAUUUCUUCAUCUUCUUAUGUUCUAGGGGAAGAAAGCAUGUAGAGUCCAUGAAGCACAGGACAAUAAAGCUUCCUACUCAUACCACCAGGAGGAUCUCUUGGAAAGAGUCACCACAGGACUACCAGAGAGACUAAUUUGUCUGAAGCAUCAUGUGUUGAAAGAACACUCGCUAGAAACAGAGUGACGAUGUUUUCAAUUCCUUGAGUUCCAGGAACCCAGGAGAGUGAGCUGAAACUCUGAAAAUGCGGCCAUGGACUGGUUCCUGGCGUUGGAUUAUGCUCAUUCUUUUUGCCUGGGGGACCUUGCUAUUUUAUAUAGGUGGUCACUUGGUACGAGAUAAUGACCACCCUGAUCACUCUAGCCGAGAACUGUCCAAGAUUUUGGCAAAGCUUGAACGCUUAAAACAGCAAAAUGAAGACUUGAGACGAAUGGCUGAAUCUCUCCGAAUACCAGAAGGCCCCAUUGAUCAGGGCCCAGCUUCAGGAAGGGUUCGUGCUUUAGAAGAGCAGCUUGUGAAGGCCAAAGAACAGAUUGAAAAUUAUAAGAAACAAACUAGAAAUGGUCUAGGGAAGGAUCAUGAAAUCCUAAGGAGGAGGAUUGAAAAUGGAGCUAAAGAGCUCUGGUUUUUUCUACAAAGUGAGUUGAAGAAAUUAAAGAAUUUAGAAGGAAAUGAACUCCAAAGACAUGCAGAUGAAUUUCUGUCAGAUUUGGGACAUCAUGAAAGGUCUAUAAUGACGGAUUUAUACUACCUCAGUCAAACAGAUGGAGCAGGUGAUUGGCGGGAAAAAGAGGCCAAAGAUCUGACAGAGCUGGUCCAGCGGAGAAUAACGUAUCUUCAGAAUCCCAAGGACUGCAGCAAAGCCAAGAAGCUAGUGUGUAAUAUCAACAAAGGCUGUGGCUAUGGCUGUCAGCUCCAUCAUGUGGUCUACUGCUUCAUGAUUGCAUAUGGCACCCAGCGAACACUCAUCUUGGAAUCUCACAAUUGGCGCUAUGCUACUGGAGGAUGGGAAACUGUGUUUAGACCUGUAAGUGAGACCUGCACAGACAGAUCUGGCAUCUCCACUGGACACUGGUCAGGUGAAGUAAAGGACAAAAAUGUUCAGGUGGUUGAGCUCCCCAUUGUAGACAGUCUUCAUCCUCGUCCUCCAUAUUUACCCCUGGCUGUACCAGAAGACCUUGCAGAUCGACUUGUACGAGUCCAUGGUGAUCCUGCAGUGUGGUGGGUGUCCCAGUUUGUCAAAUACUUGAUCCGCCCACAACCUUGGCUGGAAAAAGAAAUAGAAGAGGCCACCAAGAAGCUAGGCUUCAAACAUCCAGUUAUUGGAGUCCAUGUCAGACGCACAGACAAAGUGGGAACAGAAGCAGCCUUCCACCCCAUUGAGGAAUACAUGGUACACGUUGAAGAACAUUUUCAGCUUCUUGCUCGCAGAAUGCAAGUGGAUAAAAAAAGAGUAUAUUUGGCCACAGAUGACCCUUCUUUAUUAAAGGAGGCAAAAACAAAGUACCCCAGUUAUGAAUUUAUUAGUGAUAACUCUAUCUCUUGGUCAGCUGGACUACAUAAUCGAUACACAGAAAAUUCACUUCGAGGUGUGAUCCUGGAUAUACACUUUCUCUCCCAGGCAGACUUCCUAGUGUGUACUUUUUCAUCCCAGGUCUGUCGAGUUGCUUAUGAAAUCAUGCAAACACUGCAUCCCGAUGCCUCUGCAAACUUCCAUUCUUUGGAUGACAUCUACUAUUUUGGAGGCCAAAAUGCCCACAACCAGAUUGCCAUUUAUCCUCACCAACCUCGAACUGCAGAUGAAAUCCCCAUGGAACCUGGAGAUAUCAUUGGUGUGGCUGGAAAUCAUUGGGAUGGCUAUUCUAAAGGUGUCAACAGAAAACUGGGAAGGACGGGCCUAUAUCCCUCCUACAAAGUUCGAGAGAAGAUAGAAACAGUCAAGUACCCCACAUAUCCUGAGGCUGAGAAAUAAAGCUUAGAUGGACGAGAAAGACAACCAAACUCAGUUCAAACCGUUUGAGCCAAACAGUAGAUGAAGAAGGCCCCAACCUAACAACUCAUGGUUAAAUGAGUCAACACCCUCGUCGCCAGGAGCAGCUGGGAUCUGACAGAUGCUUCAUUGGUGGAAUUCCUCUUUAACAAGGGCUACCGUGCCCUCAAAACCAUGCACAGUCCGAUAAUGUACUCACGUAUAACAUACAAACAGGUUGUUUUCUACUUUACCCGUUCUUUCAAGAUUAUGUCCCCAUGAAACAAACACUGCCACAUUGUGUAAUUUAUGUGACACAGACAUUUUGUGUGAGACUUCAAACAUGGUGCCUAUAUCUGAGAGACCUAUGUGACCUAAUGAGAUGACUCAAGUAGCUCCCUCCUGUGGGGAGCUUGAUUCUUAGCCAGUGGUGGUAUUGUAACCACUGAAUUCACUCCAAUCAACAGAUUCAGAAUGAGAAUGGAUGUUUUUGUCUGGAAUUUUUUUUUGAGUAAUUGUACCAGUUCAUCCACCUCAUCAUUAAUAAGUGAAGGAUACAACAGAAAAUAAAAUAUUCAUACUCCAUUAGGAACUUUUGUAAAACAAUACCAUGAACAGCUUCUUUAGUACUCAAUGUUUCCGGACAUUCUCUUUGAUAACAAAAAAUAAAUUUUAAAAA